UCGGAUGUUGAUAUCAACAUGGCGCUUGUCAGACAGACAAAGACAGUCAGGCUGGUGUGAGCGAGCCAAAAAAAAAAAAAAAAAACCAACAAAAAAAACCCAACAACACCCAACAGAGAGGAAGGGAAAGCGAGACGGGGAGGGGGGUUCCCGUCCUCGGGGGGGGCUCCGGCAGCCGAGAGCUUUCCGCCCCACUAUUGUUCUCCUCCCGCUGCGCCCCCAUUAAUCUCCCCUCACGCCGGGGGGGCUCCCCGCCGGGGGCGGCCGUUCAAUGGUGAAGCGGAGGAGCCGCCGGCACCCGGAGAAUGGUGAAUAACACUGAAGACCCCCAAGAGGCUUUAUAACGUUCCAUCCCCAUGUAAAGUAUGCUCAGAACUUUUCCAGUAGUCCUGCUGGAAACCAUGUCUCACUACACAGACGAACCAAGAUUUACCAUAGAGCAGAUAGACUUGCUUCAGCGCCUGAGACGUACGGGAAUGACCAGACAUGAAAUCCUCCAUGCGCUGGAAACCUUGGAUCGUCUUGAUCAAGAGCAUAGUGACAAAUUUGGAAGAAGAUCUAGCUACGGAGGUGGUUCCUACAGCAACAGCACCAACAACGUCCCAGCAUCUUCCUCGACAGCCACGGCUUCAACACAGACCCAGCAUUCUGGGAUGUCCCCAUCCCCAAGCAACAGUUAUGACACCUCCCCACAGCCUUGCACUACUAAUCAGAACGGGAGGGAGAGUAACGAGAGGUUGUCUGCAUUCAAUGGGAAGAUGUCACCCACCCGUUACCCGCUAGCAAACAGCUUGGCUCAAAGGUCCUACAGUUUUGAAGCUUCCGAAGAAGACUUGGACAUUGAUGACAAAGUGGAGGAACUGAUGAGGAGGGACAGCAGUGUGAUAAAGGAGGAAAUCAAAGCCUUCCUAGCCAAUCGGAGGAUUUCCCAAGCAGUUGUUGCACAGGUAACAGGUAUCAGUCAGAGCCGGAUCUCACAUUGGCUUUUGCAGCAGGGGUCAGACUUGAGUGAACAAAAGAAAAGGGCAUUUUACAGAUGGUACCAGCUUGAGAAGACAAAUCCUGGGGCUACGUUAAGCAUGCGACCAGCUCCCAUCCCAAUAGAAGAGCCAGAAUGGAGACAGACACCUCCCCCAGUCACAGCUACCUCUGGGACCUUCAGACUACGGCGAGGCAGUCGGUUCACAUGGAGAAAGGAAUGCCUGGCUGUUAUGGAAAGUUACUUCAAUGAGAAUCAAUAUCCUGACGAGGCAAAGAGAGAAGAAAUUGCCAACGCCUGUAAUGCAGUUAUACAAAAGCCAGGAAAAAAAUUAUCAGAUCUGGAGCGAGUUACCUCCCUUAAAGUGUACAACUGGUUUGCCAACAGAAGAAAGGAAAUCAAGAGACGAGCCAAUAUCGAAGCAGCAAUCCUGGAGAGCCAUGGAAUAGAUGUACAGAGUCCGGGAGGUCAUUCCAACAGCGACGACGUUGAUGGCAAUGACUACUCAGAGCAGGACACUUGGCAAGUACGCAAUGGGGAGGAGGAGGGAAGAUGUUCAGAGGGAGGCAGAGAAGCAGAGAAGGUAGAAGAAGACAGGAGGAUCUGCUCCAAACAAGCAAGUUACACCAUUCACGCCACACGCAAUGAUGACAGCACUAGCCAUAGUGACCAUCAAGACCCCAUUUCAUUAGCUGUGGAAAUGGCAGCGGUAAACCACACCAUCUUGGCAUUGGCCCGGCAAGGAGCCAACGAGAUCAAGACAGAGGCUCUAGACGACGACUGAUAGAAAGAAGGGGGAGGGUCGAAGCAAGAAGUAACUUAGUUUUAGACGUAGCACCUUAGCAGACUUUCCUCGGUCCUUAAUAUGUGUUCUUACAGUAUAACUUUGCAGUUUCUUGUACGUCAGUUAGCUGUUAGGGUCUUGUUCUGUGAAGAUGGCAUGGUGCCCUCAGCCUUUGCGUAUACUCUCUCAGUAUUAAUUCCCAAUAAAUAAUCAAUCAACCAACCAA